AUGACCCAAUUCCGUCCCUGCAUCGACCUCCACUCAGGACAAGUCAAGCAGAUCGUCGGCGGCACUCUAAGCAACGUCGAGUCAGAUCUGAAGACAAACUAUGUAUCGAAACUUCCAGCUGGCCACUAUGCAGGCUUGUACCAAAAGCACAACCUUCGCGGUGGCCAUGUUGUGAAGCUAGGCCCCGGCAAUGACGAUGCGGCCAAGGAAGCGCUGAGGACAUGGCCUGGCGGUUUGCAGGUUGCGGGUGGCAUUACGGAUGAGAAUGCCCAGUAUUGGAUUGAUCAGGGCGCUGAUAAGGUAAUAAUCACAUCGUUCCUCUUCCCGGAGGGCCAGUUCUCUCUUGAGCGGCUACAGUCCGUCCUCGCCGCUCUAGGGGGUGACAAGUCAAAGCUCGUUCUCGAUCUAAGUUGUCGGAGAAAGGACAAUACGUGGUUUGUAGCUAUGAACCGCUGGCAGACCAUCACCGAGAUGGAAAUUAAUCAAGAAUCAAUCUCAUUGCUUGAGCCACACUGUUCCGAGUUUCUCAUCCACGCUGCAGACGUGGAAGGGUUGCAGCAGGGCGUUGACGAGGAGCUGAUAUCAAGGCUCUCGGAGUGGUGCUCCAUACCUGUUACGUAUGCGGGUGGAGCAAGGAGCCUGCAGGAUCUUGAGAAAGUGCAUGUUAGUAGUAAAGGCAAGGUGGAUUUGACGAUAGGGAGCGCGUUGGAUAUUUUCGGUGGUUCCGGGGUGACGUUUGAUGAGUGUGUUCAGUGGAACAAGGAUCAUUGA